GUCGCACGCUGAGAGAAAAACAGAGUGGCUAUUGUUAGCCGCUCCAGCAGGUUGUGUCAAGAGUUUAUCCCAGAUCGGAGGCCUGCCCUGCGCCUACCUGUUGAAUAUUCACCUCGACAAUUUGCAAACGAGUCAAUAUCAAGGAACAAAGUCUAAAAAACUACAUCGGAGCGGAGGAGUAGGAGCGAAACGCGUGCGUAAUAGGCGAGGAACACAAGAUUGGCGUGCGUACAAGGAAGUAAUCAACAGGUAUAACGCUUAUUCAAUGUUAUAGCACGCGCAGGACUAGUCUCAUCUGUUAUAGCGAUACGAAGUUUUGAAACAUGCCCCUGGGACCAUGGAGGAAGAAGAAAUCUACGAAGGAGCACUUGGUGGAGAACGAGGAGGUGAGCAGCGGCGGCGGAGGUAGUGGAGGAGGAGCGGGACUCGCAGGUGCAGGGAGCCCGGGGAAGGCGGCCGUGAACGGGGCAGGUCUCCCACCGCCUCCCGCUAACCUGAGGCCCAAGCUGGUGUUCCACACGCAGCUCGCACACGGCAGUCCCACGGGAAGGAUAGAGGGGUUCACCAAUGUCAAAGAACUGUACGGGAAGAUAGCAGAGGCGUUCAACAUCAGCCCGCCAGAGAUCCUGUUCUGCACACUGAACACUCAUAAGAUCGACAUGGACAAACUGCUGGGAGGUCAGAUUGGUCUGGAAGACUUUAUCUUCGCUCACAUCAGAGGCAUCAAGAAGGAGGUGGAGGUGCACAAGACUGAGGACGCUCUGGGUUUGACCAUUACGGACAAUGGAGCCGGAUACGCUUUCAUCAAGCGGAUCAAAGAGGGCAGUGUGGCGGACGGGGUGAAGGUGAUCUGUGUGGGAGAUCACAUCGAGUGCAUCAACGGGAAAAACGUUGUCGGGACCAGACACUACGAAGUGGCUCGAAUGUUAAAGGAGCUGCCCAAAAACAAGACCUUCACUCUCAAACUGGUGGAGCCCAUGAAGGCAUUCGAAAUGCUGGAGCCGCGGUCUAAAGGAGCCAAACCCACCGAUGGUAAAGUUGGAACAGGUCGAGCCACACUCAGACUCAGAUCUAAAGGGCCAGCCACAGUGGAGGAUGAGCCCACAGAGUUUGAGGAGAAGGCUGUGAAGAAAGUGGAUGACCUCCUAGAGAGCUACAUGGGUAUCAGAGACACAGAACUGGCUGCUACGAUGGUGGAGGUCGGUCGUGACAAGAAAAACCCGGAUGAAUUUGCCAUGGCCCUGGAUGAGACUCUGGGAGACUUUGCUUUUCCGGACGAGUUUGUGUUCGAUGUUUGGGGCGCGAUUGGAGAUGCCAAAAUGGGAAGGGUUUAGGUUCAAUCCUACCACUGUACCAGAAAAUAACAAAACACUACGCCCAAUGUCCUUGUGUUUUUAAACGGACCAAAUCUGACCAGCAACACUGUAAAAGGAGCAAAUAUUAGCUUUGUACAUGCAUGGACUGUCUUAUUUUACUAUGUGUAAGCAAUUGAUACUUUGCAGUGACAUCACACUGGGGGGAACUGCAUGUAUGUCUAUCGAGGAAUUUUCAUCAGUUACCAUGGUGACACAAUGCACUCAAGAGAAGCUUAUGACUAUAAUGUUAUUUGAGAGGGACUUGUUUAAUAACACUAAUCUGCUUACCUGUUGUAGUUCCAGCUAAGACAAAGUUGAAUCAAAGCUCAGAUUAAAGUCUAACUUGAGUAACAGAGGUUCAGACAGAGCAGUGCCUUUAUUUAGCUUCACCCCCAGGGAAUGUUGAUGACAUCAGCUGCAAAAUAUCAAUAGAAGAACAAUUCAGUUCAGCUAAGUAAUCUCAUUAUAUAAUACUUAUUAGAGAAAUAUUUUUAUUGUAUUUUCUAGAAAUGAGAAGUGGUUUAAAAUGUUGAAGUUCUACAUGUCCUAGACCUGUUCAGUACAUGUGUGUUUCUUGAAUAACUGUUGAAGAAAUUGUAGUUAAUUUGGUAAUCUGGCUACUCCAGCCCAAAUUUAUAUAUCUGAUUUUAAAGUUUACAAUUUGACCCUUUGACACUGCUGUUGAACGCUAUACCUCUUAGUUGGAAAUGUAUGUUAAUAACUAUGUUUUAAAUCUUUUAGAUAAUAUAUGAUAAUUUGUAAAAAUGAAAUAGAUUUUUUUCUAGGUACCACAACUCUAUUCAAGCAGCAAUACAACCAUUUAUUAAAGGGCCCAUAUUACGCUGUCUAUGUUAUAAUGUUGCUUCUCCAUCAAAAACAAACCAGCUGUGUUUUGUUUCAUUCACACACAAACACACAAACCCUGCAUAUUUAGGCUGAGUUCUUCAGAAAACACUUUGUUCAACUUUGUGAUGUCAUUAAGUGGCAAUACAGGAAGUGGUCCAUUAUGUUUUUAAACUCAAUACACUCAAUUCACCUUCAAUUCAGCUUCACCUUUAGGAUCAACUGGAUGUUUUUAGUCCUGAAAGUCAGAACCAAAGGUAAAUGUAGCCGUUUACUUGAAAACUACUGACAUCAUAAAGUGGAACAGAGCAUUUUGAGCUUUUGAGAUGUAGAGAGACAUCAACAGACAGACAAUAUAUACCAGGAUUACUCAAACGUGUGAAUGAAACAAAACACAACUCCAGGUAUGUUUUUGAUGAGAUAACAACAUUUUCCAUGGCUUAAAGUUCACAAGAGUCGAUUUUGCGUAAUGUAGGACUUUUAAUUACUGAUAAAAUGCACUACUAUGUCAUGAAACAAUUGGCUGGUUAAUGACAAUGGUACACUACAUAUCAAUACAUAUUACAUUUACUCCUUUCAAUCCUAUUUGUGACAGCGCCAUCUUGUGUCUUGUUUUAGAAAAUGUUUUAGAAUGGUGAGGUAGGUGUACUGCACAUGAAUACUUAGUAACUUUAAAAUACUUUUAAAUUUUAAAAGAAUAAAAAUGCUGUCAAAACAUCAUGAAAUGGUUUGUUAAUAUAGACUGAAAACUUAUAGCUGAAUUAUAAUAUUGUUUUGUGUCAAAUUGAGUAGGAAGAAGACUGGUACACUGGAAAUAAAUGGUACAUUUUAAAAUUAUUGCUUUUAAUAAUACUUAUAAUAAUAAUAACAAGCAUUAAUAUUACUGUCUGCUUGAAUAGUUAAGACAGCACACAGCUUUUACAGGCUCUUUAUACUGUAUAUGCUGCUAAUUUGAAAUAGGUAGCCUUGUGUAAUUAGUGUAACUAGAAACUGUAGAAAAUAUUUAGUUUUUCUAUUUUUCUAUCUGCAAACUACUACUACUACUACUUGUGUCUUUAAAACUUUACAAGCCUUCCAUCAUCAGAAAGCCCUAUACUAUCGAGCUGGAUUUGAGAUAAAGAGUGUACAGUAAUGUGGCUUAAAGAUGCACUAUGUAAAGAUUAUACUGCUUGUAUUUCAUUAAACCUCUAUAUCUUGCAUCUGUUCACUAAACUCAAUCACUUAUCUAAUUGCUUUUAGUUUAACAAUUGAUAUAUUCACCUUUCACAUGUGUUUGUGAAUACGUAUUUAAUGACAAGCUGUGCCCGUGGCCAUAACUGCCCUGCGGCAUUCUGGUACAAAGUGGCUGCAAUUGUGUGCACGAGGCAUUUCCAGACACUACAAAAUAUACAACUAACAUUCUAACUAACUUUAUACAGGCAAGGUAGGUGAAAUGCCUUGCUCAACUACACAAGAUCACAUGAAAUUUGGGAGGAAGAAUCAAAGUUGCUACAGCUAAUGAAUGAAGCGGCAUGAUUAAAGUCCAACUGCGUAACAUUUCAGGUUUCAGCCAAGACUUGAAAUGAACACAUUUAUUUCAUAAUGGGUGUUUUUAUCACUCAAAAAUACAUUAAAAACAUUUGCUCAAUAAUUGACUUUUAGCUUAAUUGAAAAAUCACGAGAUCUUAAAAUGAUCUGGGCAUCUUAAUCUCGAUGACUGAUAGUACAAGGUUUAGGGCGGAAACUAAAAAACAAACAUAUCAGAGGGACUUUUAUUGCCUUUAACUUAGCUCAUCUGCCCAUUCCUUUGUCACAUUUUUAUUUUGAAAUGUAAAGCUUGUUAGAUACAUUUUAAGUUAUUGCACCAUAUCUACUGUAACAUCUCAUAUUUUCUCCUCAUGUAAGCUAGUUGUUCUUUAAGCAACUUUACCUCCAUAAUGCGAUCAAUAUAUUGUCUUUUAAAUGCAAUUCUAUGUUUCUGUCUGUGUUCAUUUGAGUGUAGUGUAAUUAAUAUUGUGUCUGUGGUUUGAAAGACUAUAAGGGAUCAUAUUUGUUUAGACAAUAAAAUUUGAUACUCUUCU